AUGUCUGGGUUUGUUUCUGCACAGGCUAAGGACAGUGAUGAUGAUGAUGAAGUCACCGUUAGCGUGGACCGGGAUCGCUUCAUGGAUGAGUUCUUUGAACAGGUGGAAGAAAUUCGAGGGUUCAUCGAUAAAAUUUCUGAGAAUGUGGAGGAAGUGAAGAGGAAGCACAGUGCUAUUCUUGCGUCCCCCAACCCAGAUGAGAAAACAAAGGAGGAGCUCGAAGAAUUAAUGUCUGACAUCAAAAAGACAGCAAACAAAGUGCGCUCCAAGUUAAAGAGUAUUGAACAGAGUAUUGAACAAGAGGAAGGAUUGAAUAGAUCAUCUGCUGACCUGAGGAUAAGGAAAACACAGCAUUCCACAUUGUCGCGCAAGUUUGUGGAGGUGAUGUCUGAGUACAAUGCCACCCAGUCUGACUACAGGGAGCGCUGCAAAGGGAGGAUUCAAAGACAGCUGGAAAUCACUGGCAGGACCACAACCAGUGAGGAGCUGGAAGACAUGCUGGAGAGCGGGAAUCCGGCCAUCUUCUCCUCCGGGAUCAUCAUGGAUUCCAACAUCACCAAGCAGGCACUGAAUGAGAUCGAGACACGGCACAGCGAGAUCAUCAAGCUGGAGAACAGCAUCCGGGAGCUGCAUGACAUGUUCAUGGACAUGGCCAUGUUGGUGGAGAGCCAGGGCGAGAUGAUUGACCGCAUUGAGUACAACGUUGAGCACUCUGUGGACUACGUGGAGCGGGCUGUGUCUGACACCAAAAAAGCUGUUAAGUACCAGAGCAAAGCCAGGCGGAAGAAGAUAAUGAUCAUAAUCUGCUGCGUGGUCCUGGGCAUCAUCAUCGCCUCCACCUUCGGCGGCAUUUUCGGCUAGACCUUGCCAAGGCGAAACGUUCUCUGUAGACAAUGCGAUGGAGCUGCCGAGCUGCCAGGGCCCAGCUGUGCCUGAGGCAGGGCCAAGCCCUGCAGCCGCCAGGGAGGGGCCUUCCCAGCAGAAUUUCACUUUCUAAUGCAUGAUUGUUUUGUAACACUGUGUGUACGGUGC